AUGUGGCGACUAUUGCAUACAUUGGCAACGAGUAUCAUCGAAGGCAAAGAGGUUGUCUGGCAGGACGAGGCAGACUCCACACUAACAGAAGGAAUAGAUUUCGAGAACAACGGGCUGGUGAUCCGGACCGCCGGGCAGUACUUUGUCUACACCCAGGUGGUCUUUCAUGGCAGAAGCUGCCAGGAGAAACCCACCUACCUGAGCCACAACAUCUCCUCGCUCUCGGCCAGCUACCCAGAUGAGAACCUGCUCCUGAAGGCCAUCAAGUCCGUCUGCGAAUACGGCCCUCACGGCGAACCAUGGUACAAGACAUCCUACCAGGGAGCCAUCUUCCACUUCCUGGAGGGAGACCAGAUCUACUCCAGGGUUACUGAGAAGGUGGUGAGCUUUGUGGACAUUGCUCAUGGGAAAACCUUCUUUGGUAUAUUCGCCUUGUGAGGAACCCAGAUAAGAGCAACUAGGUGCGAUGUUUCGACUGAAACAACAGUUUGAAUGGCAGUGCUGGCUCGAAGGGCCGAAUGGCCUACUCC